UUAGGAAGGAGGAAAUCAAAUAUACCUUCAAACUAAUCACACUUCAAGUAUCUGCUUUCCUUAUUCUUGUAACAACAAUAUAGAUCAAAAGUUUUCUCGAGACUUUCUGUUUUGAACCAAGCAAGGAAGAUGAUGAUGCUCAGAAUCCGAAGCAGAGACGGCUUGGAGCGAGUAACCGUCGAAGGAUCUCACACCACAGUCUCCCAACUCAAAACCCUAAUUCAAGAUCAGCUUCAGAUCCCAAUCCACAACCAGACCUUAUCCACAAAUCGCAACCUCCUCCUCGCGAAAUCUCCCGAUGAUUUCCUCGGCUUCACCGACAUGACCGACCCCAACCUCCCGAUCUCCUCUCUCAACCUCUCCCACGGCUCCAUCCUCUACCUCGCCUACGAAGGCGAGCGCACCAUCCGCGGCGGUCCCGCCGUAACCCCCGCCGGUUCCUUCGGGAGGAAGAUGACCGUCGACGAUCUCAUCGCGCGCCAGAUGCGCGUCUCUCGCCAGGAGAAGUCUCACUGCGACUCCGUCUCCUUCGAUCGCGACUGCGCCAACGCGUUUCAGCACUACGUCAACGAGUCGCUUGCGUUUGCAGUCAAACGCGGCGGGUUCAUGUACGGGAGCGUCUCGGAGGGAGGCGAGGUGGAGGUGAAUUUCGUGUACGAGCCGCCGCAGCAAGGGAUGGAGGAUAGGCUGAUUCUCAUGAGAGACGCGGAGGAGGAGAAGCGCGUCGAUGCGAUCGCUUUAGGGUUGGGGAUGAGGAGAGUCGGGUUUAUAUUUAACCAGACUGUUACGCAGGACAAGAAGGAGUACACGUUGUCUAAUGUUGAGGUGUUACUUGCUGCGGAGCUUCACGCGGAGAGUGAGCUGAAGGAGUGGGUUACCGCGGUUGUGAAGCUUGAGAUUAAUGAGGACGGUGGUGCUGAUGUUCAUUUUGAGGCGUUUCAGAUGAGUGAUAUGUGUGUUAGGUUGUUUAGGGAAGGGUGGUUUGAGACGGAGAUUGGACCUGAGGAUGAUCCCAAGCUUUCUAAGAUGAAGAAAGAGGUGGUUGUUGGUGUUAAAGAUCUUAAAGAAGUUGAUAAUGAUUUCUUCCUCGUUGUCAUCAAGAUCUUGGAUCAUCAGGGACCAUUGACGUGUACCUUCCCGAUAGAGAACCGGAACAUUGAAACAACAAUGCGGGCUUUGAAAACUCAUAUGGAUCGUGCAAGGAGCCUCCCGUUCGUGAAAAGGAUCUCUGAUUUUCAUCUGCUUCUCUUUGUGGCUCGGUUCCUAGACGUUGGUUCAGAUGUUCCUGCAUUGGCUGAGUGCGUACGUCUUCAGUCUAAUGUCCCCGAGGGCUAUGAGUUGCUUAUCGACUCAAUGGCCAAUACUUGUUAAACAUUUCAUAAUAGUCUAUGUCUGUGUUUAUAUUUCUCUCCUUCAGGGUUUGUUUGUUUUAUGUACAACGUUUAGUUUCCUCCUUUUAAUAAUCAGAAUCAUUUUUGAUUCAGAAAUAAAACUUUUAAAAAGGAUGAACGUUUAGGAA